AUGGAUACUGAUAUCAUUACAGAAAACAACUCUUAUGAAGAGUUAAUGGAAUAUAAAAGUGCUAUACUUGAAAAAGAGUAUUUGAACUCAAGUCUUGCACUUCAUCAGCUGAUUGAAGUUCAAUCACACAGAAAAACACAAUAUAACAUUUUCUUAAAGGAUAUGGAAAUUGAUGAUACAAAAGAACAAUGUUAUUCAAUAUUAACUCAAGGAAUCCAAAUAUUAUUGGAUGAAACAAAUCAAGAAAGAAAAUCAAUGGAAGAUAAAGAUUUGGAAGAAUUAAGAAAUAUUUAUAAUGAAACCAAGGAAAUGCUUGAAGACAAAAUAUUGGAACAAUACGAGGAUAUUGAGGUGUUGCACGAAAAGAUUAGAGAGGUCAAUGAUAGAAACUCUAUUCUCUUGAGUGAAAAUAGUUCAAUCGAUUCAAAGGUUAAGAAUGAAUUGAAUAGUCUUGGCAGUGAAAAGGAAGUGCUCGUGGAAAAGGUUGCCAAACUAAAGGCAGAGAGAGAGGCUCUAAAGGAACGCAUCAUUGCCUUGGAGAAACAAGUCGACAGCUGUGAAAAGCAAAUGGCACAACAAGAAAAAUUGAUCAACCAAAAGGAAAAGAAAUUUGACCAGUUGGAAAAGUCACGCCAACGCGAACUCGAAGAGAUGAGACAAAACUUGGAAAACACCACCAAAGAGGUGCGUUCGUUGGAGACACAACUUGCAAAGGCCGACCAACACAUUAAAAAGGAAGAGACCAAGUGGAAGGAGGAAAAGGCCGAGAUGGUCGACGACAACAAGAAGCGUAUCAAGGCAGAGCAGGUCAAGACCAAGGAGGAGCUCGCCAAGGUCCGCGAAGAAGUCUCUGACAAAAAGGCCGAGAUCCUCAAACUCAAAGAGACCGUCGACUCGCUAAAAGAGGACAAUCUCGAUCUUUCAAAGAGUGUCAAGAACAUGCAAGCAGACAUUGGCAGCAAGGAGUCGGCCGACACCAAGUUGAAGCAACUCAAUGAAAAGCUGACUGCCGAGGUCAAGUCGCUCAAGGAAGAGUCCAAGCAAAAGGUGACCGAUGCCAAGGAACAAGCCAAGGAAAAGGUCAAAAAGGACCAAGCCAAGCACAAGGAAGAGGUCGAGAAGCUCAACGACCAUCUAUCCCAACUCGAGGGUGAAAAGGAGGAACUCGAGCGUUCUGUUGCAAAGUUGGAGGCUCUCAACCAACAAUUAUCCAAAAAGCAAGAGAAAUCAUCAUCCAUUGAAGAAAAGAUUGAAAAGGAAAGAGAACGUUUGGCAGAGCAAGUGGAUGUGCUCAAAAAGGAAAUGAAAAAGUUGGAAAAGACAAAUGAAAAAUUGGAAGACGACAAUAAUACAUUGCUUGGCAGUCAAGAUGCCAAGACCCAAAAGAUCGAGCGUUCCCUUCGCGAUGCCAACAAACAAAAUGAUGAACUCUUGGCCAAGGUCGAUCAACUAAAAGAAGAGAUUGUCGUCAUCAAAUCCAACGACAAGAGCAUUGUCAUUGAAUCCAAGGAAAAGGAUAGAAAGAUCAAACAACUUGAACUUCAACUCUCUGAACGUUUGACUGAAAAGGAAAAACUCGAAGAAUCUAUUGGUAAACUUGAAAAACAACAACAACAAAAAGAUAAAGAAAGAGAAAAAGAAAGAGAAAAGGAAAAAGAAAAAGAAAAACUACUUCAACUUCAACUUCAAAAGGAAAAGGAAAAGGAAAAGCAUGGUCAAAAGAGACAGAUUCAAGAAGAGGAAGAGGAACAAGAGAAACCUACACCAGUUUUGAAACCACUUUCAAAAUCAAGUAGAAAGAAAAAGGUUGAAGAACCAGUGGUUGAGGAGGAGCCAGAAGAAGAGCCAAUGGAAGAGGAAGAGGAGGAAGUUGUUCCAGCCAAGUCAUCAAAGAGAUCAACAAAGAAAACAAAGUUGACCGAAGAAAAGCCAGUAGUAGAGGAAGAAGUUAAAAAACCAGCCAGUCGCCGAGGUGGUAAAAAGGUACAACAAGAAGAGGAAGAGGAAAAGGUUGUUGAAGAGGAAGUCAAAAAGCCAGCCGGUCGUAGAGGUGCAAAGAAGGCUCCCGAACCAGAACCUGUACAAGAAGAAGAAGAGGAAAAAGUUGUUGAAGAGGAGGUCAAGAAACCAGCCGGUCGUAGAGGUGCUAAAAAGGCUCCUGAACCAGAAGAGGAAGAAGAAAAGGUUGUUGAAGAGGAAGUCAAAAAGCCAGCCGGUCGUAGAGGUGGAAAAAAGGCUCCCGAACCAGAACCUGUACAAGAAGAGGAAAAAAUGGUUGAAGAGGAAGUCCCCAAGAAAUCAACCGGUUCAAAGAGAUCAACAAGAGGAAAGAGAUCCCAAGACAUUGAAGAAGAGGAAAAAAGAAAAAUGAAAAGGAAAAGGAAAAGGAAAAAGGUUGUUCAAGAGGAACCAGCUGAAGCGCCUGCCAAAAAAUCUGCUGCUCGUAGAGGUAGACCACCAAAAGAUGUAGUAGCUGAAAAAGAGGUCGUUGAAGAACCAAUCGAAGAGGAACCACCUAAUAAACAACAAGACAAGGAAGAAGAACAACCAGCAGAGGAACAACCAGUAGAGGAAAGACCAAAACGAGCAUACACCAAGAAAUCAAAAAAGAAUGAAGAACCAGUAGUAGAAGAAGAAGAAGAAGAAGAACCAGAGAAACAACCAACAAAACCAAAGAGAUCUUACACUAAAAAAUCAAACAACAAACAGGAGGAGGCCACUGCCGCUCCAAAAUCAUCAACUUCUAAACCAACUCCAUCAACAUCUUCUCCAGCAUUUGUACAGCCAAUUAAAGUGCCAUCAAGUAGCACUACCAGCACCAGUGGCAGUGGUGGUACCACUCUAUCAUCACUCCACUCAAUUAUGAAAAAUGUUGCAGGUUUAAAUCUAAAGAUUCCAAAACUUUCCCAAAUGGGUCAUUAA